UUCAAAGCAUAACCUCUUGAAGGGAGCCACAAGCCAUAUAACGCGUAUAUUUUUAAAAUAAGCUUGGUUCGUUUGUAUAAAGGUGGUCCGCUAGAAUUUUGUUCGAGCUUUACCAGUCCGUCACCUAAAAAAGGUUGCCAACCACUGAUCUAGUCCAUCUGUAUGAUUGACAUAUCUACUUGCUAUAUUCUUAAUGAAGUGAAAAUCCAAAACAUAUCAUUUAAUUACUGUUGCUUUAUGGUUAGUUUGCUCUCAUCGUAAUAUCUAAAAUAUCAUACAGAAUAUUCUUUGUCAGACAACGCUCUUUACUACGUGUUCAGGUCCUUGUUCUGAGCGAACAUAUGAAAAUAUCUACUGAAGUGCUAUUUUUUGUUGCAUUAUUAUAAUUUAUAAGAUAUCAGUUCUGAAAUAUUCUUUGCUAGAUUUUAUAACUGAUCGUGUUUUUUCUCUUAAAUUCUAGAUUUGUUUUUAACUUUAGUUUUUAAAAAUAAUUCAACCAAGCAUGUCCGAGACAGAACCACAAAAGGCAGUGGAGCAUGAAGAAAAGGUGGAGCCAGAGGCUCAAGAGGUAGAAACAGAACCCAAGGCAGAGCUUACACAAAAAGUUGACCAAUCAGAAACAGAGCAGAGCGUCGCAGAUGAAUCGACAAUUGUGGAUUCUUCAAUAAAUGCGGAAAAAUCAGACGCAAAUGUGGGCGAUGAUGAACAAAGUGACAGUGAUUCUGAUGAGUCCCUUCCUCCCGGGCUUUUAGAGCGGCCUGUUGAAAUUCUAGAGGCAAAAAGAGAGCGAAAGAAAAUUAAACGUUUCACGUACGAUGACGAGGCAACUAGUCCCGCUGUUGACAAGAAAAAGAAUGUUGAAAUACCGAAAGGCAGUGGGAUCCGCAUCGGUAAUCACCCUCGUGUGGAAUAUCAACUACAACGUAACUCUGCAGAGGAUUUAAAAAUUAUUCACAAAUUUUUUUAUAACGUACAAGGCACACAUCUCGCAUGCAAGAAAAAUAUUCGAGAAUUCUGCGGCUUCAACAUUCAAAAAGGUACCCCAGAGUAUGAGAAAAAAGAAGAAUUUAUCGGCAAAUUCACUGUCGAUAAUUUGAAAUGGGCGAUGAGCGUUUGCGACGUUCCAAGCAUUAAGGGGAAUAAAGAAGAAUUGAUCGAUGCCUUUAUGGCAUGGUGUCUCUGUCCCAAACCGCAGGAUAAACCGGUACCGGAAAAAAAGAAAAAAAAGGAUCCCACACAGAAAAAAAAGAGAACCAAAAAAAUUAAACGAAGUGCGAAUGCUGUUGAAAAUGGGGACGCAACUUCCGAUGGUGCUACGCCAGUAAAAAAGCGCAAGAAAAAAGAAAACGCGGAUGAAAAAAAGAAAAAAACGCCUUCGAAAACACCUGCAAAAAAGUCAACUCCAAAUAAAAAAGCGAAAAUUAAGAUUACAAAACCGAAAUCAAAGUCGAAAAUAACGUCGGGGGUGGAUGAUGACACAUCAGAUGACGAACCGCUCAUGCAUAAACAGAAAACGCCGCCGUCAAACGCAGAAGUCCGUAAGUUCAUCGAAAAUUGUCUUCAAGAUGCUGAUCUCGGAGCUUUGACAAUGAAAGCUGUCAUCUUGCAAGUUUACGAACAAUACCCAGAGUUCGACCUCACAGACAAAAAAGGGUUCAUAAAAGAAACCGUGAAAAAAAUAAUAUCUUGAGUGAGAAGGUUGCCAUGGUUACGACCCGAAAUUGAAGAACUAAUGAGACUGCACUGUUUCUCGUGAAACAGCCUAAAAACAUUUCAAAAACUUCACAUCAAAUAUUUGAUUAGUCAUGCUUUACUACUAGUGAUGAAUCAUCACUUCCUAAUUUUGACAAUUUUGUAUGAAAAUUUAAAACUGUUUGCUUGCAAUAUCCAGUGGAGGAUAUUUUUUUUAUUGAGGGGUGUGGGGGCAGUAUUUUUGACACAAAAAUUACAUCAAGCCUAGUUGAAUAAUCAUAUAUGCAUCUCAAUCAUUUUGUAUUUGGAAUUUUACUUCAAAUAACUCGAUCAAAAAUGAAUUAAACAUUUAGAAACAUCAAAAUAGGUCUAUUUAGAAAAGUAAUUUCUUGAUUUCAGGAAUAAGUCAGAAGUUUUAUUUGAUAAUUAGUCAUGUUGAUCAAUUGACAUCUGAUAGUGAGAGAUGAAAAAUAAAUCAGAAUGAACUUUUUCCAGUUACUCCCUACUCAUCACUAAUGAUUAAUACCAGUUUGGGUUGUGUUAGGAAUUCCAGAUUCCGCUGGAAUUUUGAAUGGGGGGGAGGAGUUUGAAUAACUGGGAAUAGUCUAUCAGAACAUUAAUACUAUAUCGUUGCAGUAAAACCAAUUUAGCUCACGUCACAUAUUAAAGUUUUGAGAAAAUUUCAUAUUCCAAUCUGUACAAGAAAACCUACAUAUUGACAUGACGCACUAACUAAAGUAAAAACUAAAACAGGAACAGGUUUAAACCCAGACCUAAAGAUGGCCCAUGGUUUCCUAUUGAUAGAUGAUCAAAAAAUCUAUUUCUUAAAAAUAUGGCAUCUGUACUUUUGUAUUACUGCGGCAAUAUGACUUCAAAAGCCCGUGGACUCGCUAUAUGUAUAUUAUGGCUAUCAAUUGCUUGGCUUUUAUUAUUGUUUUGUUUUUUAAUUUUAGUGAAUCAUUUUUUUUGUUAUAGAAAUUGCUCAUUUUUGUAAAGUAAAAAUUCCAUAUUUGGAAACUAUACCAUAAAGCAGAGAAAAUUUAAAAAAUAAUUCUUGCUUUGUUCUUAUUAAUGUUAUCCAAAUGGAAUUUCAAGUUAAACCUAAUAGAAAAAAAUAUAUUUCAUGAAUUCAGUAACUGUAAUUACAAGUUUUCUAUGAAAUUCAUGAUUUCUGCUCAGAAUCUAUAUUUGAAAUAAUUAAAACUGACCCAAAAAGAGGGAAAUUGAAAACUUGAGCUACUUGGUUUUCUUGGGACCAACCACUUAUCCUUCUUCUAUACUUUUACACUGGUGGACCCAUAUAAUGCAAGAGUGAACUAGACAAUCAAGAGCCUUUUAUCUUACUUAUACGAAUAUAUUUCAAACGAAAGUUACAGACAAUGUCAUUAUUUUUUGUAUUUUGUAAAGUUUGGAAAAAUCAUGCUCUUGUUACAUGUUUUAAGAUAAAGAAUCAUCUCAGUUUUCGUUAUAUUGUUCAAAAUUUUAUUGAUAUGAAUUUGUGAUAGUUUUUAUGUGUUAUUGAUUUCUCGCUUGUCUGUUCUACCGAUUACUAUCAUUUGUGGCAUUUGAAGUCAGACUCACAGACGCAGCCAGGACUUUCAAUCUCCUUUACCUAUGUUAAUAAGCGCCUUGUCAACGAUGAUUGUAUAAUAUAGAAUUUGUUUAUACUAGUCACACAUUUACAAACCGAUUCGCUUUUUUGUAUCUUCUGAAAUUUUCAAAAAGGGUUUUUAAAACUUCUAGCUGCGCCAUUUUUAUUUUAUUUUUCAAGUUUAAUGGGAAUUUAUUUGUGAAUGUGUUUCAGUAAUUUCUUUACAAAGCCUUGUUCAGGACUCAUACAUGGUAGCUAAUUAUGUGUUUGAAUAUCUCUCUUUUUUAGUUUUUGUUCUAUGGACAGCCAGUGUUUAACGAUUUUAUAAACAAAUUGCAUGAACACUCAUUAUCUUCAACAGAAAAUGUUUCAAAGUUGACUAAACAUAGAUUUUGACUGUAUUCUGCCAGUGUUCACGAUUUUAUAAACAAAUGGCAAAAUUUAAAGUUGAUUGUCUGAACUAGUGGUUCUUAACCUUUUUCCAUUAGUGGCGCAUUUUUGUUGCACAAAAUUCUGUGGUCUAACUUUUUUAUGCAAGAGAAAAGUGAAAAAUAUUUGAGUGCAAAAAAUACACUUUCGCCCUAAUGAUCAGAAUGAAAAUUCUAAUGAAUGAAUAUUCAGCAUCAUCAUUCAUUGCUACUAGAAUUAAAAUUGAACUAUAGUGACACAUGUUAAACUGGUUAAAUUUCUAGCUCAUUAUUAAAUAGUUAUUUUAAGAUAGGGCGCCAGACAAAUUCAAAAAAGGAGACCCAGCUUUAUGAAGAGAACCACUGCUAUAGACUUUAGGAUUUAAUAUCGCAAAAUGAUAAUUUUGCGAAUUUAAAUACUCUACAUCAGCGGUUCUUAACCUUUUUUCUGUCAAGUACCCCCCCGAGUCACGAAACAAUCAAUGCGAACCCCCCGGAAAUCAGACACCGAACAAAGUUGUGAUAUAUUGACUAACAAUUUGUUGCAACACCAAUUUAUUGACCUUAUGUAACUUAAUAAAAUCGUCUUGUUGAUAUUAUUGCCCUUGUCGUCUGCCUAACUAAUGAAUUUAUAAAAUCUCUUCCAAGUCUCAAUAAGCAUAAUCACUUCUCCAAUGCUCGCAGCUUUAGAGAUUUCACAGUUUGCAUGCAAAACCUUGAAUUUCACAUUGUUGCGCCACAAUCACAACAACGCAACAUCAGGGAAAAUCUACCAUUCAAUUGGCACCUAGUUUCAAUGGACACAACACGCAUUUUCCUAGGGUAGUAAUAAAGGAUGUUGAAAAAGAUCAUUACACAAAAACUCGACUGCCAUCCAAGUACCCUGGAAAUCUUCUCGUGAACCCCUGGGGUUUCGCGAACCCCAGGUUGAGAACCCCUGCCCUACAUAAUUCAGCUUCAGGUCUCCCUGGGAUUUCUACUUUGUUAUUUUGAAUGUAAUUGAAUCAUUUUUGUGUUUUUGUAAAAUGUCCGAUUUUAUACUUUCACCAAGGUUAAAAUGUUUUAAAAAGUCUCGUGAUUGUUGCAUUUUAAAACGAAAAUGUACCUUUUUUUAUAGA